AUUGCACAGCGAACGGGAGUUAACGUGCCAGGACAUCGGGCAGCUGGGCACAUACUGUUAUCAAUCGACAAACCAUAAGGAUCGUCGUCCUCAGUCGUACGUGUUCGUUUGUUGCUUUCGUUCGUUCAUUUUUCGAGAACAUUCAGUUUUAAUAAUCUUUAGUUUAUUGUUUUCGGACUCCUCUGCACUCUAUAAAUGCAAUAAUUUUGUGUUGAAACCAACCAAAAAGGGAAAACUAGCUAGAAAAAUACCCAACAAAUCCAAGGAAACCUAAGAAAAUAUAAAAACAAAAAACAAAAACAACAUCAUCACCGACAACAAAAAAAAAACACCUUAAGUAGGUUUUCAGUUUCAACCUCUAGUCCAUUCAAAACUCGGUUCACAAUUUUGACUUAAGUUUCGUUAAAAAUUGAUUUUUGACAACAACAACAACCAAGACAAACCAACACCGGCUUCCAAACAAAUAAAAGAAAAAAAUAGACACUACUCAAAUCCGAGUUGUACUUUGGCAAAACUUAAACAGAACAACAGCCAAAAAACAAAGAACACCACCAACCAAAAGUAAAACAAGGAGGAAAAAAGAUUUUAACGGGCAGUUUGCAAUACUAUUUUGUAACGUAAAAAAUUAUUAAAACAACAUUCGUAACAAUUUAUUCAAGAUAAUUGUUAAGAAUACAAAAGGCCAAAUUAUUUAAAACAAUCUAAACUUUGUUAAAUUAAAACAAUUCUCUUCGUAAAUAUCUUCGUCUAUGUGUGCAUAAAUUGUGUUCAACGUCGUGUUUUUUUCUAGUCAAAUUUUUGUUGAGUAAAAAAAAAUUAAUUAAAUAAACGGUUUAAAUAAAAUUUUCCCCGCUACCCAUUUUCUUUUGUCUGCUAACAUUCGGUUAUAUUUGAAAUUUAGUAUAAAAUACAUUUCCGAGAGACUUCCGGGUCUACGUUUACUGGUACAUGGAACAAAAUAUCUUCAGCAAAUAGAAAUAUUUGAUAUAAAACUAAAUGAAAUUUAUACAAAUUGAGUAAGCAAUCGAGCAGCUAUUAAUUGUACACCAAGUGAAAAAUACAGAUAUUUUAUAUUAUUCCAAAAAACAAAAACAAAAAUCAAGAAAAUUCCAAGAAAAACAAACAAACAAACAAAAAAUCAAGAAAGAAAGUAAUCUUGCAAAUCAACACCACCAAAGAAAACCAACUAUUACAGAGCUAAUUUAAAACAACAACAUAAUAUAUAACGAAUUGACAGCAACAACAAACCACAACAACAACCAGAAAAUUUUAAGGAAAACAAACAACAAAAUAAUCAUUUAUACACUUUAAUAGAGACUCAAAAAGGAUUUAAGGAUUUAAAGAUUUUUGAGUAUAAAUCAACCAAAUGUUCCAUAUUGAAAUACAACAACAGUAACAACAACAAAAAACAAUUUAUAAAAUUUGAAUAAUUCUAGUCAAAUAAAAGAAAACCAAAUUUACGCUAAACCAAAAAAAAAAAAAACAAAAAACUUUUUUGCAUUUUUGCAAUUUUAUAAAACAACAACAACAACAGAAAAAAUAAAUCAUUCCAAAAACAAACUUUUCACCCAUUUCACCAAAAACCAAACAACUAAAGGAAAAUCCAAAAAAAAAACAAAAUCAUUAGCAAAAUUUACUCUUUUAACUUUUUAUUAUUAUAACAACAACUAAAAAUUUAAACAAUUUUAAAUAAAUUACCAAAACAACAACUCUUAUAAAUUGAUGAUCCAUACAAAGAUCUAAAACUCCAAACUCCAACCAACAAAAUUACCGUGAAAUUUCAAAACAACAUAGAACAGAACUACGCUUUUUUAAAUAAAAAACAAAAACCACAUUUCUUAUAAACUAAACAAGAAUUAAAACAACAACAACAACCACAACUUGUGCUAAGCACUGAUCUUCAGAGAAAAGCAGAAAACGAAAAGCUCCAAGUUUGACUUCAAGUUUGCGUGGACGGGCUCACACAAAGCCUAAGGCCAAUACAGAAGCCAGUUUUCUCUCAUCGCCCCCCGGUUCGAAGGAAAUCUUUCAAAAUUACUCUCCAACAGCAACAAACCACCACCAACACCAACAAAAUGACCAAUGCCAUGGACAUUGUUAUCAAAAAUGGCAGCACCAAUGGGUCUGUCGAUGGCAACGAUGAAUCUCGCACCAACUUGAUUGUGAACUACUUGCCGCAAACCAUGACGCAGGAGGAAAUGCGUUCCCUCUUCUCGAGCAUUGGCGAGCUGGAGAGUUGCAAGUUAGUGCGCGAUAAAAUUUCCGUGCUGCCAGCUUCGUUGCAGGCCUUGAAUCCAGCCUUGCAGCAAGGUCAAAGUCUGGGCUAUGGUUUUGUCAACUAUGUUCGGCCAGAGGAUGCCGAGAAGGCUGUCAACACCCUGAACGGUCUACGUUUGCAGAAUAAGGUCAUCAAAGUCUCAUAUGCCCGUCCAAGUUCGGAGUCAAUCAAGGGUGCUAACCUAUAUGUAUCGGGUCUUCCCAAAAACCUAUCACAGCCAGACUUGGAGGCGUUGUUUGCACCAUAUGGCAAGAUAAUAACAUCUCGUAUACUCUGUGAUAAUAUAUCCGACAUUGAAGUUAUCAAGAAACUUUUAUUAAAUGGCAUAGGUCUCUCGAAAGGUGUUGGCUUUAUACGUUUCGAUCAACGCAACGAAGCCGAACGUGCAAUUCAAGAACUCAACGGCAAGACACCCAAGGGUUAUACGGAACCAAUAACUGUUAAAUUUGCCAACAAUCCAAGCAAUAGCGCCAAAGCUCAAAUCCCACCACCGUUGGCUGCUUAUCUGACACCACAGGCAGCUGCUGCGACUAGACGUCUGACUGCCGGAGCUUUGCCAUCGGCUGGCCGCAUAAGCAUUGGAAAAAGCCCCCUGUUUGCCAUUAACAAGGGUUUACAAAGAUAUUCUCCAUUGGCUGGUGAUCUCUUGGCCAACUCCAUAUUGCCGGGGAAUGCCAUAACGGGUUCCGGUUGGUGUAUAUUCGUCUAUAAUUUGGCACCCGAAACCGAGGAGAACGUCUUGUGGCAAUUGUUUGGCCCAUUCGGUGCCGUCCAAUCGGUUAAGGUAAUCCGUGACCUGCAGACCAGCAAAUGCAAAGGUUUCGGCUUUGUUACUAUGACCAAUUAUGAUGAAGCGGUUGUGGCUAUACAAUCAUUGAAUGGUUAUACUUUAGGUAAUCGUGUUUUGCAAGUAAGCUUUAAGACCAAUAAAACAAAAACAGCUUAAGCAGCUCACCGACAGCAGCAGCAUCAGCAACUAAACGCAACAAAAACAACUACAACAACAACAGCAAAUAACAUUUUAAGCAUAAAUGUUGUGGUCGGCCAAAAGACGACUAAAUCAUCGAAGAGUAACAACAGCAACAACAAAAUUACAAGACAGAUAUUUUAAUGCACGUUAACUCAAGGAGUAACUCCCACAAAGAAAAAAACAAAUAUACAAAUAAGUAACUAAAUUAAUGGUUUUGAAUAAGGCAAAGGUUAUAAAUAUAAAAGAACAACAAAUGGUUUGAUGAAAAAGACUGAAGUAAAUUUUAUAUGAACGUUUCUUUGGCCUCCUCUUGAGGGGUUUGGUCAUUUAAAGACUUUUCCAUUGUUCCUUGUUAAGAUCUAAAAAUUUCCUAAAACCAUAUCAUUGUAGGUGUGUCAAGCUUGACCAGUUUUAGUUGAGAGCUUUUUUUCAAACAACAUUGAUCUGGAUCCGAAGCAUAGAGAUCAUUCGCGUCAAAACUUUCAUAGAGAGAGAGAGAGAGAGAGAUAGAGAGAGAGAGAGAGUUAAUAAAUGGAAUGUGUUAACAAAUGCUUAGUUGCAUUAAAGCAGUCAAGAACAAGGGCCCGCUCACCAGCCAAUUUCUCUUUGGUUUUAGAAAUCAGCAACAAAUCAGUGUUAAAAUAUUAUCAUAGACAAAUAAAGGUAGACUAAAAAGUUUCAAAAUUUACCCCUUCCGGCAGAUGUCACUAUGAUUGAUCUUGAUCCAGUCAAGUCACUCAAGGCUAGUGAAAUCACUCAACUUCGAAAACAAUUUAUUCCGUUUUCUGCUAUUUAAGUUCUAUAUUUUUAUAUUUCACGACAUAGUUGGGUAAUGUCAAUAUAAACAAAGUUACUGUUUCAUUUUCAAUUAAUAAAUAAUAAAGAAUCAUAAAAAUAUUCAAUAUUUUGUAUUUUGAGAGAAUUGAGUAAGUCUACUGAACCUCUCUCACAGCAUGAACGACAUCUAUUGAAGCACUUUUUUCAGAGAUAACAGAUGAGACAACUUUUUAGUCUAUACCUAAUUUGUCUAUGAUAUUAUGUAUUGCUUUACUGUUAAUUGUUAGCUUUAUUAACACUUUUGGAUCAACAUCAUAUUUAAAACCAAUAAAGAAAUGUAGAAUACAAAACAAAUCAGAAUAUUAAUUUUUUCUUGAAUAUUGUCUUCUGCGGACUCAUAUUUGUGCAGUGCUGAUUAAAGCUGCAAUGAGCAUAGACCAGAGCUGAGCAAAAUAAUAUAAAGAGAAUUUUCAAGAGAAAAAUAAUAAUAUAUUUCAACUUUUUUUUUAAACGAAUAUUGUCUAAAUUUGUUAUUAGACCUAUUUUUUAAAGAGUAAAUUGAAUAAUACAUAGGCUUUGGCUGAUUGGUUGUUUAACAAAAACUAAGAGAAAUUGGCCGCUUGCGCCAGAACACCUUCGUGCUCAACAUUGGCAUAGACCAAUGAAUACGUAGACAACAGAAUGCUGGAUUUGUCUUUCUAUCCAGAUGGCCAGAAGGCACGUGCUGAUUUUGCCGGUAGAGCUACUCGAAGUCGAAAUCACAUUUAAUCGUUUUUCUAGAAUUGCACUGGUUUAAUGGCGUCAUUUAAUUGACGUCAUCAUAUAAUGUACAGGUAGAUCUCAUUAUGGAAAAAUGUUCGACUACCUUUUAGAUUCGAGUGACUUUAAUAUUUGUACUCAUACUCCUGAAAUGACAUGAAAUGAAAUCUGCUGAUUCGAAUUAUUUUCGAUAAGCCGAGGGAGCAUUCCGUUGUCUGUAUAUUCAUUCGUCUAUGCCAGCACUGCUUAAAACCGAGUCCAAAAAAGUGAUUAUUUAAGAGAAAAUAACAAUUAUAUUUUUCUUUAUAUUUAUCCAUUCAUUUCAAUUAUUUUUAUACUGGAAUGUUGGCCAGAAAGAGAAUUAUUACAAAAAAAAAAAAAAAAAAUAUAUAUAUAUAUAUGUAUAAAUUAUGUCUUAACACGGGGUUUUUGACAAUUUAAAAAAAAAAAAAACUAGGAGAAAUUUGACUGGUGAUCGAGGUCUGAUUUUUGAGCAGCGCUACGCUCUUUCUCCCAUAAACACAGUGCAUGGACUCUAUGCACUGGGUUUAUGUGAGAGAGGCGUAAAAAAUGUUCUCAUUACUCUUCCUUUCAAAUUUUAAUAUGAGAGAGUGAGAAAAUUAUUACUCAGAAAAUUGGUGGCGAUUACUCCCAUAAACACAGUGCAUAGAGUCUCUAUGCGCUGGGUUUAUAUGAGAGAGGAGUAAAAAAAAUGUUCUCAUUACUCUUCCUUUCAAAUUUUAAUAUGAGAGAGUGAGAAAAUUAUUACUCAGAAAAUUGGUGGCGAUGGCAAAGGGUAAAUUUAGUUAUUUAAUGCAUAGAUGCUCAAGAAAAAAUAUCACUUUCCAGUCAAAUUUAUCUUUGCUUCUUAAAAACCAGAACAAAACAGUGUUAAGUCAUAACUUAUACAAAUAUUUUUUUAUUCAUUUGCUUUAUAAAUUAUUCUGGCAAUCAUUUAUGUUUGAAAACAAUUAAAUGGAAUCGUAAAAUAUAAAGAAAAACAGAAUUUUAAUUUUCUCUAAAUUAUCUCUUUUUUUGGCUCAUGCUCUAGCUAGCCCGGCCCCGAACGUGGAAAAGCAACUCCCACAUAAACUCAGCAUUGAGACAGUUUUCUUUUGCCCACAAAAAAUUAAAAACACAAUAUCUAUUAUAUCCAAAAUAGCGUUGCGUUUAAAUCUCUUAAUGGGUUAACAAAAUAUAAUCUCGCAAGAUGGCUGGUCUAUAUUUCCUUCUUAAUCAAAAUUAAGAUAGCUUUUGCUUCAUGCUAUAUAUAAGAGAAUUUCAUUGAACCACCUCUAUUUCCUUAAUCAAUGUAUGAUGUAUUGGAAAAAGCUUUUGACUUACCAGCAAGCUUUUGAUAACGUUUGCUUUUAAUUCCCUGUCAUUCUAAAAAAAAUUACUUGCGAUGACGUUUCAUUUCCACACUUCUUUGCAUCGUCUGUAAUGUUUAACUUUCAGUAACGAAUUAUUUGAGUUUACGUGCUUUCUAGAAUAUCUGUCUGAGAGAAACCAAAACUUCGUAAAAUUAUGCUUUGACUUAUUUAUACUCAAUACAUGUUGUACAAUUUAAAAAAACGAAAAAUACUAGUCAAAUUUUUUCUUUAAUUUUUAAAAUAAAUUAUAUAAUACGCUAAUUUUUCCUUUUUCUUUUUGUGAAAAUGCACACAUUACGAAAAUAUUUAAUAAAAAAUACCAAGAACAAAAACAACAACAACAACAAGAAAAAUCUUUGUUACUUAGUAAAGUAUAAAAUGCUCUUUUUAGACAAUUCAAAUACGCAAAGCAAAAGAGAUAGCGAAUAACUCCAUAUUCCAUAUGAAAAAUACAAUACACAUGAGUAGAGCUAUAAAAGUAAAAGAGGACAAGCAAAAAAAGACAGGAAACCAAAUAAACCUCCUUCCUAAAUAAAAACAAAAACCAAGCCACCCAAUUAACUUAAAUGCGAAAUAAAUAUGGAAAACUUUAUACUAAAAUUCAAAUUCUAGUAGACCUCCUUAUAAUGAAAUGUCUUUAAAAACUACAACAAUAACAACAAUACUAAAAUCGAGACACAAAUGCAAACCGAAACAAAAAUUCUCAACAACCGCGCACAUUGUGUAGAGCAAAUUAAAUUUAUUAUUAUUAUUACUUAAUUAAUUAUAUUACAUUUAAUUAUAACUUAAAUACAAAAAAAUAUAUAUUUUAAUUGUCUAUGUUUAUUUACAUUUAACUCUCUUUCUCUUAAAAAAAUAAAAAUAAAUAAAUAAAAUAAAAUCAUUAUGACAAACAAAAACUUAGUAAACAUAGUUUUAAUUUUUUUUCAAGUUAUUUAUUUAAUUGAAGGAAAACCACAAUUUAUUCUACUUACAAAUGAAAACAACAAGCAUACACUUAAAAACAACAACAACAACAAGAAAAAUAUAAUUAAUUAACCAUAAACUUUAUUAUAUCAAUGUUUAAUUAUUCUUCAAAAAACAAUACUGAAAGAAAGGAAGUAAUAAUAAAUAAACCAACAAAAACAAAGCAAGAAUGGAAAAACCCAAAAACAAUUUUAAUAUAACAACAACAAAAACCCAAGAGAAAAACAAAACAAAAAAACCUAAAAAAAAUCACAAAAAUAUAUUUGUAUGUGUGUAGAAUUCUCUUUUUUAAUUAGCCAUACAUAUGUAUGUUUAUGUUUAACCGUUUAAUUGUCGCAUUACUUAAUUAAUUAACUACUUAUACUAAUUUAUUGUCAAAUUCAUAUAGCAACAACAACAACAACAAAAAUAUAUUUCUUUUAUUAAAAUCAAUUUAUCCAUACAAAACAAAAAACCAAACUAACAAACAAUUCUAUUAUUAUAUAUAUUGAAAAAAAAAAACAAACAUACAUACUUAUAUAUAAAGAGAAACCUAAACAAAAAAACAAAACUCAAAACUUAACAAAAGUUUUAUUUAAUCGCAACUUAUUUAAGGGAGGUGCUGGCAAUUGGCAGGGGCGUAGCAUGCAGGGCAUACAGGGUAUUGAGAAAUAAUUCAAAUUAUUUUUAAAGGAAAUCUAAAAGACUGUCAUCACAUCAAAAUAAAAUAAAGAAAAAAAAAAAACAUUUCAUUCACCUAAGACUAGUUUGGUGCUACAGAGCUUAUCAUAGAGAGAGAGUAAUAGUAAACAACAACACCACCUUUUCAAAAAAAGAAGAAAAGAAGAUCUCACAACGCUGGAGAUGUGAAAUGGUUAAAAAGUGCCAGAGGUUGUAAUUGUUUGUUAGUUUAUUAUACAAAAAUCUACGGGAAUUUCAAAAGAGUUUUGAUGCAAUUUAUCUAUGGCUCCAUCUGUUAUUGAAUUCCCAAUGAAAGAAGAAAACGAGCGCAAAUUUUCUGUAAAUCUCAAUUUACCAUUACAUUUGGAGUGAGAAAAAGUUGCCAAUAGCGUAUCUACUUCCAAAAUGAAAUAAAUUAUGGGUGUGGAAGACAUGGUUCUUCCAUCAUAUAAAUCCAAAGGCAAUUAAUUUGGAAAGAGUCUGAAAACAAGCAGGAAAGAGUAGUUUUUGUGGAACGAAGGAAAUUGAAUGAGGAAAAUUUUAUUUUCCCCCCCGGGCCAUACUCUUAAAAACUAACUAUUAUUUAAAGUAAACUUUUCACGUUUGAAUUGAAACCAAGAACCAACCAAUUGACUAUUAAGUCAUUGCCAAAUCGGCCUGAAAAUCGCCUUUCGACAGUUUUUCAUCGACUAAGAGGCGAUAUAUAUUGACAAACUAUAAAUUGCCUUACAAAAUCAUAAAUAUAAGGAUCAAUGCUAAAAGUCUACUUAAAUAGAACAAUACAUACUUUUAGGCUUCGCCGGCAAUAGUUCUGUAGCAGAACGCACUAGAAUCUGCCCCAAAUUUUUCUAUGGAUUGUAGCCGUACUCACAGAUUUAUAAAAAAAUAUUUUACCAAUGAAAACUUUUCGAAAGAAAAACAAGAAUUAUUUAGCACAUCUGACUCUUAGAUGAGAUGGCAAUAAUAUUUUGACAUUUUCAUCAUCUUUCUGUACUUUCUUGUCCCAUAUACUAGCAGAAUGAUUUUAUAUUGUCAAUGUUUUGUAUACUUUCAGGCUGAAACUAGAAAAUAACUGGUUAGUCAAUUGAUUGAUUAUAAUGGCAAAACAUUUGUUGUUUUUCUCUGAUUGAUGGACUUAUUUCAAAAUACGUGCGAUCACUUGAUAUAUAUUUUUUUAAGGUACUUCCAUUUAGUAAAAUCGUUGCAUACAAACAAGACCUACAUACAAAGACCUAAAAUGGUAGAGCCUAGACAAAAUGCUUUUUGAACAAAUGGAUUGUGUCUACAAUACGGGGUGAGAUAAAAAACUGUAA